AACGUCACAAUCAAGAUAACGUGACGUCGUCUUGGUUAUAUUGUAACAACAUAGAUGGCCGACAAAGGUGGCACAACGCGUCCGUUUUAGUAAAGUCUGUUUAUCAAUUUCGUGAUGACAGCCCCUCUUGAAGAAACAGUUAUUGCAGGAAAGAAACGUAUUGUAAAACCAGAGCCCGGACCCCCCAAGUACAACCCAACAAACGCCAUGGCGAGGCGGCUCUUUCAGAUGAGAAAGACCGAGGGCAUGUCCGAAUACCAGGCCGCGUACAGGAAGUACCCAUUCCAGAAACCACGUGAUUGCGUCAGGCCCACGUCCAAAAAGAUCGAGACAGGAAUGGCCUCCAGUCUGAUGACAACUACCUACAAAAAGGACUUCGUCUACCACGAGGAUAAGGAUGCUUUCAAGAUGGACAGCUUCAAGCCACUGCAGGGUUACCGCCCGUCCAGUGCCAGACUGUCGGACCAGACCAUCUACAGCCUCUCCUACCAGGUCAUUGACAAAGAGGUGGCCAAGAAAUGCCGACCCGCCAUAUCCAAGCCCCGGGAGGCCCCUCUCACCCAGUUCAAGCUGGUGCUGCCAGAAAAGCCAUCUGGAGGCGGUGAUUCUAAAUCGGCAGAAGAAGCACCCAAAACGGAAGUGGUAACUGAAUCGAAGCCGUGCAUCGAACAGACACCCGUUGUUGCAGAAGUUGCCGCGCCUGCUCCUGCUGACGUCACAGUACCGCAACCAACUUCCGAUUCAACUGGAAAUAAGUCAGCCUCCACGCAUAUCGUGAUCCCGGGCCAGAAGCCCCAGAGGGCCCCUUUUAACGGCAUGACCACUGCCAUGGCAGAUUUCGUGAGGCACCCGCUUACUGCCCGUCAGUCAAUCUGUAAACCGCCCGCCUCCAGCACCCACUACGACCUGGGACCGUUUGAUGGAAGAACUACCCAGAGCAUGGCCUACCAAGCGUGGCCUGUGGCGCCCUUUGCAAAACCUUCUUGGGCAAUAAAGCCUAAAUAUAAGAGGCCCAAGGGAGGGAUGCCCUAUGCUAGCACAUACAUGACUGAUUUUGUGAACCCCAAACACAUCGUGGAGAGAGCCAUGCCGAUAAAACCCAAGCCCGGAAAUGACAUAAUCAAACAUGAGGGAGGGGACGGAAAUCACCAGUCUUGUACCACAUACCAGGGCCACUAUGUGGCGUGGAAAGGCGCCCUUCCCGCGAAAACUUUCCAAAUCAAGCAGCUCUAUGUUCCAAACGCUGGCGAGAUGGACUUUCAGUCCAUUCAACGGCUCCACUUCAGAGGCGUUCAAGCCGAGCGACCGAAUCUAUGUCACCAGUCGUCGGAGCACCGGAACCUUAACGACAAUCCGAAGAUGUACUUCAACACAACCUAUCAAGACACCUUUGGAAGACCCAAAAGCUGCCCCGUUAAUUAAUCAACUAAAAAUGAUAUCAAUAAGUUAUCUGACCCCAAGACCAUAAAUUGACUAAAGUCUUCAGUCAAAAGAUUUGCCGUAAAUUUUUCAAGUAUUUUGAAUAAUUAAAUGAAAUUUAAGUUUUGGGUUAAUAUGUCUUAUUUAACGAAACCAUGUAAUGACGUAAUGUCAUUUAAAAUUAAUCUAUAUCUAACAUUCAAUGUUAUUUUAGGUUGAAGUCUUUUCUUAAUUUAUGGUCUUAGGGGUGGUUAUUCUUAAGAAUGAUACUUUUCUAUUCUUUUUUUUUUAAAUAUAUUUUGAAAAUCAUUUUGAGCCUAUUGCUUUUUAUAACACAUGAUGUUUUGUAGAAGUAUAUAUUUUUUAGAAGAUUUUAGCUUUUAUAAAAAGUUUACACAAUAAUAUUGAAUUAUAUUUAUAGUUAAAUCUGAAAUUUAUACAACAUAUGUAUAUACAUAAG